AUGUCUUCUCGACCUGAUCUGAAGGUUGACGACGAAGUCGGUUUCAUUCGCUUCUACAAAUCCCUCCCCGAAACCGAUAACAAUGAGAUGAUCCGUGUAUUUGACCGUGGGGAUUGGUACUCCUCUCACGGCGCCGAUGCCGAAUUCAUCGCGCGCACCGUGUACAAGACGACUUCUGUGCUCCGCAACCUUGGCCGAAGCGAAACCGGCGGCCUUCCCUCCGUCACCAUGAGCAUUACGGUUUUCCGCAACUUCCUCCGCGAGGCUCUAUUUAGAUUGAAUAAGCGCAUAGAGAUCUGGGCUUCUGGUGGCACAGGCAAGGGUAACUGGAAGCUGGCCAAGCAGGCUAGUCCCGGUAACCUGCAAGAUGUCGAGGAAGAGCUCGGCAGUGUGGGAGCAUUGUCUAUGGAUUCAGCACCUAUUAUUCUCGCUGUGAAAAUUUCAGCCCGCGCUUCCGAGGCUAGGAACAUUGGUGUGUGCUUUGCGGAUGCCAGUGUGCGUGAGCUUGGUGUGAGUGAGUUCCUGGAUAACGAUGUGUAUUCCAACUUCGAGUCUCUGGUCAUCCAGCUCGGCGUCAAGGAAUGUUUGAUUCAAAUGGACACUACACGGAAAGAUGUUGAGCUGGGCAAGAUCCGCGCUAUUGCCGACAGCUGUGGAAUUGCCAUCUCUGAGCGGCCCGCCGCCGACUAUGGGACCCGGGAUAUCGAGCAAGAUCUUACGCGCUUGCUACGUGAUGAGCGAUCGGCCGGUACUAUUCCCCAGACAGAACUUAAGCUUGCUAUGGGAUCUGCUGCUGCCCUGAUCAAGUACCUCGGUGUCAUGAGCGACGCGACCAACUUCGGUCAGUACCAGCUUUAUCAACAUGACUUAUCCCAAUAUAUGAAGCUUGACGCUUCUGCUCUCCGCGCAUUGAACCUUAUGCCUGGUCCCAGAGAUGGAUCUAAGAGCAUGAGCUUGUUCGGUUUGUUGAAUCACUGCAAAACUCCCGUCGGAAGUCGUCUGUUAGCGCAGUGGCUGAAGCAGCCAUUGAUGGAUCUCGCCUCGAUUGAGCAGCGCCAGCAGCUGGUCGAGGCGUUUGUGGUCAACACAGAGUUGCGACAGACGAUGCAAGAAGAGCAUCUCCGUGCUAUUCCUGAUUUGUACCGACUUGCCAAACGCUUCCAGAGGAAGCAUGCGAACCUGGAGGAUGUUGUUCGCGUGUACCAGGUGGCAAUCCGUUUGCCUGGAUUCGUCAAUACCCUGAACGAUGUGAUGGAUGAGCAGUACCAAGGGCCUCUGGAAGCGGAAUAUACCACCAAGAUUAGUGCCCAUUCAGACAGCUUGGUCAAGCUGGAAGAAAUGGUGGAGACCACUGUUGACUUGGAUGCUCUGGAAAACCACGAAUUCAUCAUCAAACCUGAAUUCGACGAAGGUCUUCGAGUCAUCCGCAAGAAACUCGACAAGUUGCGAUACGAUAUGGAUAUGGAGCACCGCCGUGUGGCGAAGGACUUGAACCAAGACAUGGAAAAGAAGCUGUUCAUGGAAAACCACCGUGUGCACGGCUGGUGCUUCCGUCUUACUCGUACUGAGGCAGGCUGCAUUCGCAACAAGAAGGGAUACCAAGAGUGCUCGACCCAGAAGAAUGGUGUCUAUUUCACCAACUCGACUAUGCAGUCCCUCCGCCGGGAGCACGACCAGCUGUCUUCCAAUUACAACCGCACCCAGACUGGUCUUGUAAAUGAGGUCGUCAAUGUUGCCGCCUCUUACUGCCCCGUUCUUGAACAACUUGCCGGUGUUUUGGCUCACCUCGAUGUCAUUGUGAGCUUUGCCCAUGCAUCCGUCCAUGCUCCUUCAGGAUAUGUUCGUCCCAAGAUGCACCCCCGUGGUACAGGCAACACCGUCCUGAAGGAGGCCCGUCACCCGUGUAUGGAAAUGCAAGAUGACAUCUCAUUUAUCACCAACGAUGUCUCCUUGGUCCGCGACGAAUCGUCAUUCCUCAUUAUCACCGGUCCAAACAUGGGCGGAAAGUCCACAUAUAUCCGUCAAAUUGGCGUUAUCGCGCUGAUGGCCCAGACUGGCUGCUUCGUGCCCUGCACAGAGGCCGAAUUGACCAUCUUUGACUGUAUCCUGGCCCGUGUGGGUGCUAGCGACUCUCAGUUGAAGGGCGUGUCUACAUUCAUGGCUGAAAUGCUCGAGACCGCCAACAUUCUCAAGUCUGCCACCUCCGAAUCUCUGAUCAUCAUCGAUGAACUUGGUCGUGGAACCAGUACCUACGACGGCUUCGGUCUUGCCUGGGCCAUCUCUGAGCACAUCGUCACUGAAAUUCGCUGCUUCGGUCUCUUUGCGACUCAUUUCCACGAACUUACCGCGUUGGCGGAUCGAUACCAGAAGGCCGUGAAGAACCUGCAUGUCGUGGCGUUCAUUGGCGAUGGCACUGAAGCUGCAGCUGUAGCUGAGGAUGAAGCUGAAAAGAAGAAGCGACAAGUCACCUUGCUCUACCGAGUUGAACCUGGUAUUUGCGACCAGUCAUUCGGUAUCCACGUCGCGGAACUUGUUCGCUUCCCUGAAAAGGUCGUGAACAUGGCCCGUCAAAAGGCAGAGGAGCUGGAGGACUUCACCUCGGCAAAUCCCGAGAAUGCAGAGAAAGAGCAGCCUGCUCCUUCGCUGGAUAAAUACUCGCAGGAAGAGGUGGAAGAAGGCAGUGCUCUCCUGAAAGAGAUGCUUGUGAAAUGGAAGGCAGAGACUGAGGGCAAGGACCUCUCUUCGGACCAGAAGCGGCAGAUUAUGCGUGACUUGGUGCAAGCAGAUAGUAAGCUCCAGGCGAACAAAGUGUUCCAGGGCAUCAAGUCUCUAUAA